CAUAUCGGAUAUACGUCAUACUUGGCAAUAAAAAAAUAUUUUUGAACAAGUUAGCUCAUAUAGUGCUAAAUUGAAGAAAUAAUAGUGCCUCUGUACUUCGUCGCAGCUAUAUAAUAUUAUCACAACAUGAAUUUCUCACAGAACUUAAACCACACUCUUCAGAAGAAAGUUUCCGAGAGUAUUGUUCCGCCGGUACUACAAUGCUCAUUUGGUAUUUUAGGCAAUCUAACUGCGAUUGUUUUGCUUUGCGUGUCUUCUAGAAGACAUAAGUGGAAACCGUUCCACAGAUUUGUUUGUGGAUUAGCAGUGACAGACCUAUGUGGCAUAGCAUUUGUAUACCCUGCCGUUAUAGUUCGCUAUGCAUCUGGAUUUACAUACGAUUAUCCAAAGGAAUUGUGUGAAUUUGUUUCUUUCGUUUUCAGUUUUUCAUUUAUGUCCUCAGCUUUGAUAGUGAGUGGAAUGUCUUUAGAUAGAUUUUUGGCAAUUGUUUACCCCCAUCUUUACAGAAAUUCUCCAAAGAGAAGAACCAAUGCUAUUUUGUUUGCAAUCUGGCUCUUCACAGCUAUAAUUUCGUCCUUAAACCUAAUGGGGCUAGGAUCCGUCAAAAACUUUUAUCCUGGGUCAUGGUGUUUUAUUAAUUUUGCAAGCACUGGAUUUUUGGAGAGGCUCAAUACUUAUAUCUAUUCCGUUGUUGGAUUCAUUGUGAUGGCUGGUACUGCUUUCCUAAACAUCGCAGUAGUAGUAACCGUUUGCAGAAGGCCAAAAGUUUCAAAAGACACGCCAAAAGGGAAGAGGAACGAGAUAUUCGUUAUAAUAUUUUUGUUUUCCAUUGUAACUUUGUUUUCUAUUUGCUGGAUACCAUUAAUGGUCCGAAUGCUGAUAAAUGCUAGUUCCAGUAAUCCAAGGAACGGCCCAGAAGAAUUAUUAGCUGUUCGAAUGACCAUCACCAAUGCCAUUAUCGAUCCAUGGAUAUACAUCAUUCUGCGCAAAGAAAAUCUGGUCAAAAUGUCACGCUUGCAAGAGAGAUUAUACGAUUGUUUACGACUGAGAACGGUGUAUACUACCACUGAAUCCCUACCUACAAAGGACGAAUCAAAUGCGAUUGAAGGUUCAGCUGCAAACACUGCCACCACAUGUUCUACGGAGUUAUAAACUGGAUCAAACUCGUUUAUAAGCACACAACUGUGCCAAGUAGUGAAGUGCCAAUAAUUUUUUAUGAAAUGAUCAAUAAUUUGACACCUUUUUUUUCAGAUUAUUCCUUCUUUAUCGAAGAAAAUUGCAUACCAAAACAUUUGUGUUAUAAAUAUUAGUCAACGGAAUUUUUUUUUAUUUUUUCAUGUUUAUGUUUUUU